AUGACCAUGGACGAUAUCCCGCCACAAGUAAUUGCUAUUGUGGUUUCCUUUGUGUCCACAUUUAUACUCUCAUUUCUGGUCAUAGUACUCUACACGGCAUGCACUUGUGAACGAGGAAUCAGACUACGAGAUGGGCUGCCCGGUGCGUUUGACGACAGCGAGCAGUUCCUUGAAGAGGAGGCUGCUGCACUCGAAACCAUGGACGAACCCUCGAAGCAGUCAUAUUUGAUGGCCAAGAGGUUCAUUGAACGCAACCCCCCCAACAGUGCCGACACAGAUAUCUCGCUGAGCCAGUUUAUGGCCAUCCAAGAAAAGGCAGUGGCUGCCUGGGAAUUCACGUUUGAUAUCAUGCAGCAGAGCUGUAUGGUACAGGACCGCACGGAAAUUGAAUUCUUGCAGGGCACCUCGUGUGUUCAGACCAACAUUCCCCUGCCAAAACAAAACGAGACCUACUACUGGGAGGCCAAGGUGUACAGCACUACACCAGACGUUACCAUUUCGGUGGGGCUGUCGACCAAGCCGUAUCCUGGAUUCCGGCUUCCUGGAAUGCACCGGUAUUCUGUGGCAUACUGCUCCAACGGCGUGCAGAGGAUCAACCAGCCAUUCAAGGCGCCGAAAUAUGGGCGACCCUGGACCCAAGGAGAUGUGAUUGGAGUCGGGUACCGGACGCGCACUGGCACCGUCUUCUUCACUCAUAACGGUAAAAAGUUGCCUGACGUUGUUCACGGCAUGCGAGUGAACGUUUUCCCGUCAAUUGGAGCCAGUGGCCCGUGCACGGUGGUAGCCAAUCUGGGCCAGGGCGGAUUUGUAUUUAUUGAGGCUAAUGUGAAAAAGUGGGGACUAGCACCUGCCCAUGGGACGCUGGCUCCGCCCCCAGCCUAUGGCGACCGCACUGAUUCUGUGCUUUUGGACUUUGCCAACGUGCCCAGCAGUUCCCACGAGUUCCCGCCGCCCUACGGAAGUCCACAGCGACCAGACGCUCCUCGCAGUCCACCACCCGAACACGUUGAUGUUUGUGAUGUCUGCAACGACGAAAACAAUGCUCAAGAAGCUGAAGAAGUGCAUAGCGAGCACGACGCCGAGCCCCUUGAGGAACCCAACGGGUCUGAGCAUGAUGACGCCCACUCCAGCAGUGAUGCCUGA